UGUCAUUGUCAUAUUAAUGACAUUUUCAAUUUUCUAAUUUGUGGUGAGUGAAAUAAAAUAUUCUAAUCUUUGAUUUAAAAGUGGUUAAAAGUGCUGUGUAUUUGCUGAUUUCGAACUUGUUUGCAGUGCAAUGAUUUCAACUUAGGGUUGUGUAUAUUGUGAAUAGCUAUCCAAAAUGGAUAAAGAUAGCGUUAUUAAAUAUGUGAGAGGACUGAUCAUUUCCUCGGCGAUUCCGUUAACGAUAAAGAAUCUUGAUAGAGAUUAUAGAACACUUGAAGGGGAAAGAAUACCAUAUGCCAAGUUAGGUUAUAGAUCUCUGGAAGAGUUUUUAAAAUCUGCCCCUACAUUGAAUUUGACUCAAAAUAGCAAUGGAGAAAUUGUCGUUCAAGCCCAGCGUAUUGAGGCAUCAGCUCAUAUUGUCGAUAUGGUUAAAAAACAAAAACCGCCGAAAAAGUUGAAACGUGCCCGUUUUUUAAAAGCGCCUCCACCGAGAACUUGGCGUGCGAACAAUUCUCAAAAGUAUUAUGACAAAAAACAAUUCACAUCACCCAGAGUCGCUAGAGUAGCCCACAAUCAAUUUGUAGACUACAAACAACCUAAAAUAGCUUCAAAAGUAGUGGUGCCGGAUCAUUCUUCAUUUUCCCACAGCAAAAAUUUACCUCCAAGGUUACAGAAACAAACGUCACAGAACCCACCAAAUUCUUCACAAAACAGUCGAUUACAAGUAACUUAUGAUGAUAUAGAUGUUUUCACAAAGAGCAAUACGGCUUUCGCUGCCAACACGUUACGAGAAAUCAGAAAGGCCUCUUUGGAGGAGGAGGAGGUUAACAAUUCCGGCUCUAGUAGAAGGAGGAUGAUCACGCAAAAGAUGUCAGAAAUCAACUUAGAGCGAGAUAGCGGGAAAUUGAUAACGCCAAAGAUGCCAGAAAUCAACUUAGAGCGAGACAUCGGGAGAAUAAUAACGCCAAAGAUAUCAGAAGUCAACUUCGAGCGAGAUAGCGGGAACAGCAGCCCUGUGAGCGAUGUCACUCCCCCGCCAGUCAGUGUUCCCGAAUUUGCGCUGACAAACAAUCCAAAAGUAGACUUAACAAAUUUCGUAGAAUUAUAUAAACUUGGAAAAAUAGAAGUGAGUACAAAAUCAGUCAGUACAAAAAGACUGAAUAUGUACACUUGUAAGAUUACGAUCGGCAGCCAUAAGUUUAACAGCUACCCCGAAGAAUUCCCUACUCGUGAGGCUGCAGAGUUAUAUUGUUAUAAACAAGCCUUAGAAGAAAUGACUGCCAGAUACGGAAAAAGCAAAAGCUUAUUUUUAGCGAACGAUAACGACAUUCUAAAACGAAUUCCUGAUAUGCUCAAAAAACACAACAGUGGUAUAUGGGAAUGGCAGCUCCAGUUAGAUUACUCACAAAGGUAUAACGAACAGUUGCCCGAGGAUUGGUUAAAGAUAGUUGACAGGAGCCCUUUUAUACAUGUACAAAAAAUUGUAAAUAAUUAUACAUUAAAAUAUUGCAGACCUGAAGAUGUAUUUCAGAAAGGAAUUGUCUUUAUGAAAUCAAUGACAAUCUCAGAUGUAUCAGUGCCAGCUAACACAGUACGGCUGGACGACAAUCAUAAGACUUACGCCGAAAUAACGUAUAUUCCAUCCGCCAAUGAGAUCUGGUGUCGCCAAAUUGGUACAGAGGAGACGGAGGCGCAUAGCCAAAUGAUAUCCAGCAUGGAGGAAUAUUACGAGAACAAUCUAGAAAAUCUUCACGCCGUCAACAUUAAUCCCAAAGGAUACUAUGUGGCCAAUUUCAACAAUAAUUGGUUUAGAGUUCGAGCCAUCGAAGUAAACGAAACAAACGUGAAAUGCUUCUACAUAGACUUCGGGGAUGAAGUAACCCUCCUUAAAGAGCAGCUCUACCAAUUAAAGAGAGAAUUUGCGUUCUGUGAAGCUCAAGCUUUUGUAUGUCGACUAGCAGGACUAGAGGAUAUUUAUGAAGUGUCGCAAGAUUCUCAAACUUUAGAAGAAUUUCUAUAUAGAGCCGUAGAAAUAGAACUCGCUGAGGAAACAAUAGAAGCAGAGAACCAAAUUAUACCUGUUUACAUGUACGACGUGGAGGUGGGUUCUUGCAUUAACUUCGAUGUAAUGAUGCUGCUUGAUCAGGAAUACGCAACUCCCAUUAUAGGAGACAGCAUAACCGAAAUAUGUGUCUCGCAUAUUGCCGAAAACGGUGACAUCUAUAUACAAGUCAGUGGCCACGGCCAUCAAAGACUAUUACAACUUCUGGCAGAUCUGGAAUCUCAAAUAGUAAAUGAUCCUCCUACUCACACGCUUCAACGAAUCACAAAGGCAGACAGUCAAUCGAAAAUUUACUUAGGAAAAUACCAUGCCGAUGGGCAUUGGUAUAGGGUGAAGAUACUCGAUUGGUCACCAGAUGAAAACUUUAUUCAAAUCUAUUAUGUAGAUUUUGGCAAUACUGAAGUUAUUAAAGUAAAAGAAGCCGUUUUAUAUCCUCUGGAUAAGUUAAAUGACGUAAUAAACAAUUACCCUCAUCAAGCUGUUCGCACGAGAAUUCUUUUGGAUAGCCCACUAGAGAAUAUAAAGUCCGUGCUUACUACCUCAAUUCCUAUGAACGAACCCAUAAUUGCUAAAGUAACUGGCUACACUCAAGAUGAUGACAAAAUCCCGUUGGUCGAGUUCUUCAGCAGACCGCCCAAAGGGGGCUUGUUCUGUAUUAAUAAAUCCAUUAAUAUGGCUAAUGAUAUAAAGAAAGUGGAAAACACAACAAUUAAUAAAAAAGUACAAUUCUCUGUUGAAAAACCAAGUGUAAAAUUUUCCGUUGAAAAAUCAAAGAACGUUCCUUCUGGUGGUCAAUUGGCAUGUCCACCACUACCAGAAAAAAAUGCGUAUUUUGAAAUACAUAUACCUUUUGCGGUAAAUCCGUAUAAUUUCUUUGUUCAGCCGUUAGAGUCACUUUCGAAGUUAAAUAAAAUGAUGGAGCAGCUGCAGGAAACAUAUAAAGAUGUGACCUACAGCCCACUUACCUUAGAUAAAAUCGAACCUGGUAACAUCUAUGCAUCAAGAUUUGAUGACGGUAAUUGGUAUAGGACUACCGUAAUCAAAGUGAUACAUGACGGAUCAAUCUCCGUCUUUUAUUGCGAUUUUGGUUACUAUAGUAACUUGACUCUACAACAGUUGCUGCCACUAAACGUGGAAUUCCUGAAUUUACCUUACCAGGCUCUCAAAGCCAAAAUGGCAGGGAUAAGACCGAGUCACAUAAACUGGACAGUGGAAAAUUGUGAUAAAUUUAAGGAGAUUGUAGAAAGAAAAAACCUAUACUCCUUGGUUAUGAAUAUUGAAAAAGAUCAGCUCUAUGACUCUGAUUUAGUGUUAGAACUUAUGUUAAUAGAUACAUCCGGUGAAGAUGAUAUUAAUAUCGAUGAGUAUCUUAUUAACCAAGGCAUAGCAGUUAAAGCUUAAUUAGCCAAAGCUCAUUGAUUUUUAGUCUUUACGUGCUUUAAUCCAGUUUACAAAUACUAUGUAUUCGUUUGCUAACCUUAUUGUUCAUUCCCGUUUUGUUCAAUGUAUAUAUAAAUAACCGUCAUUUAACAGAGUAAAGUAAGACUGCCCGUAAUCAAAAAAUGGGAUACAAAAUGAACAAAACUCGUGUUUGUGAUGGUACAAAACUGAAUAAUGAAUGAGAAAACGAUCAAAAUUUGUCCCUUUGAUUCAAAAUUCCCUUUUAACUGAGUUGCAUUGGUACAAAAAUUGGUGCAAACAUUCCAUAUUAUAUAAUUUAAUCUAAAACUGUCAGAAGUUACUUGUUAAAGAAACGUAAUAUUUGUAUGUACGAGGGUAAUAUCAAAAUUUUUCUAUGUUGCUGUGAUAUAAUAACAAUAAAUUAUUAUUAUCUUAAAAUUAGUUUUAUACAACUGUACCCAAUGUGUAUUAGAGGAAUGAUUUCCUCAAAUUUUUCUCUUGGAAUAUCUUUAAAAUAUCCAUUCACUAUUGAUAUCGCCUCGUCAUUGAAGCAAGGAAGUUUUUCAGUUCCAAAUUUCUAAAUUUUGGUUUGCUUAAGAUAUUUUUUAAAGUAGAAGCCACAGUUAGAAUGCAGUGUUGGUCCUACUACGCGCAGCGAUGCCGCUCAUGUCGGCACAGUGGUAGUUUGGCGAUAGACAGAAAUCAUCGGUCCUGGUGCGCCCUCUCGGGGCAAACCGGCAACGUGGUCGGCCGUUGUUCCGUAAGAAAUGCAUUGCUCUAUGCUACCUGCACUGCAUUAUAACUGUGCCUUUUUAGUCUAGUCGCAACAUAGGGGGCACUUUUAGGUCGCCGCGAUUUGAUGGUGGUAUUAUAGCUCUUUUGGGUCGCUGAAUCCAAUGGAAGUAGUUUGGAAGCCCAAAUGUGGUGUGUUUAAUUGUUAUUAACAAAUUUUGGUAAAAUUAGAUGUUUUUCAGGAAUUAUUAGAAGCCCUGUAAAUAAAUUGAUAGUGUUAAGAUCUUCUCUGGUGUAUUUUUGGUCGCUGAAUCAAAUGCGACUAGUCGCGAUUACUCAAAAUAUGUUCUUAUUUUGUUAAUAACAAAAUAAUUGUUUAUUCGCCGAAAAGCUCGAAAUGCGCUAUCUACAGCAAGUUUGUAGUCUUUUUCAUAGUAUUUUUAUACGCUAAAUCGAUUGUCGCUAGUCGUGAUAACUUAAACCACGUUCCGACGUUGUUAUUAAUAAAUUAUUGUAAAAAUAUCGGUUUAUAGUACGUUUACUCACGGUUUUUGCUCUAAAUUUUAAAAAACCACUUGAAAUAACAUGAAAUUUGGCAUGCACGUAGCUAACAUGUCAAACAAAGCAAGUGAUAUUGAGCCGUUGUGUGCUUGUACCCUAGGGGUGACUUUCGCCCCUUUUGGGGGUGAAAAAAGAAACCUUUAAAAUAAGUCCGGAAUUGGAUAAACUGACUAAUUCUAAGCAACUUUUGUUCUAUACGGUUUUUUCACUAUGUCAAUACUUUUCGAGUUUUUGCGAGUGAAUAUGUUCAUUUUUCAACAAAAAAACCAAAUAACUCGAAAAGUAUUGACUUAUUGAAAAUACUGUAUAGAACAAAAGUUGCUUAUAAUUAAUCAGUUUAUCCACUUCCGGACUUAUUUUAAAGUUUUCUUUUUUCAUCCUCGAAAAGGGGUGAAAGUCACCCCCAGGGUAAAAGCAGACAUAGGCACAAUAUCACUUGUUUUGUUUGACAUGUUAGUUACGUGUAUGCCAAAUUUCAUGUCAAUCCAAGUGGUUUUUUAAAAUUUCGAGCAAAAACCGUGAGUGAACGUACUAUAAACCGUUAUUUUAGCGUAUAAAAAUACUAUGAAAAAGACCACUAACUUGCUGUAGAGUGCAUUUCGAGCUUUUCGGCGAAUAAAAAAUUAUUUUGUUAUUAAAAUACACCAAAAAUACACCAGAGAAGACCUUAACACUAUCAAUUUUAUAGGGCUUCUAAUAAUUCCUGAAAAACACCUAAUUUUACCAUAAUUUGUUAAUAACAAUUAAACGCACCACAGUUGGACUUCCAGACCACUUCCAUUGGAUUCAGCGACCCAAAAAAUCUAUAAUACCACCAUCAAAUCGCGGCGACCUAAAAAUGCCCACGGGACACCCUAUGUUGCGACGAGACUAUUUAGUAUAGACAGAGAUACGGGUAAAAGAGAUUUUUUUUCGUUUGCCAACCAGUUAUUUUCAAUAUUUUUCGUCUAACUAGCCUAUUAAUAACUUUAUGUAGUGUUCGUCAUAAAUUGUUGUUUUGGCUAGUACGGAAUUAAAAAACUUUUGAAAUAUCAAAAUAUGUAGUAGACAUACGCCCGGAUUCCGAAAGGAUGAUCAUCUCAAAAAUUAUGUAAUCGACGAUUAACAAUAGAUUAAAUGCGUCAGAAACGUCAAACAAACUAGUUUUAACAACAGUCGAUCACCUGACAAAGGAUUAAUCGUUAGUUAACAGCCGAUCAUGAGUGUUUUGAGUCUGCGAAAGGUCGAUUAACCAGUUUCGCUUGUCAAACGGCGGUAAAAAUGGACUGUUACCUAAUCUGCGACUAUCCUUCGAUUAACGGGCUGUUAAGAGUUUUUUUUUAGUUUUUUAAUUACUGUAAUUAACAAAUACCGGGAAAAAAUUGUCAAAUAACACAUAUAUAAAUGAUAUAAAUCAUAUUAUUCAAUAAAAAUAAGAUUUUUUUAUGGAAGAAAUAAUUUAAAAUAUUUAUUUAACUUGAAGAACAUGGAUAUCUCGGACAUUUUUUAUAUUUGAUUAUAUAAUUUAUAUUUUUUUUUCUUUUAAAAAUGUAAGGUAACAAGGAUGCUAGACUCAUGGAGCUAUUUUUUGAGAGGCCAGAGCUCUAAAAAGCAGAACAUGAUGAUUAUAGCGAUGUAAAUAAGAGGGAAAACGUGUGAGAAAUUAUAGCAGCUAACUUUGAAGACAAUAAAACAGCCGGUAAAUAAAUUAAAAAUAAAUAUAAAAAGUAAAUAUAUAGACCAAAAAUAAAAAUAAGAUUAUAAAAUAUAGAUCAUAAAUAAACUGUUUUAUAUCUCCAACUUUCGUCACAAUACCUAGCCUCAUUUUUAAAAUGCUCUCGUUCAAUUCUUGCUCCAAACAAAAGUGACAGUACGUAAGAGAGAAUGCACCUUUAGAAUCUAAAGAUACAAGUUUGGAUUUAGAGGUUAAUAUAAUUGAAAUUUUGAAGGAUAACAGCCAAUUGUGACAGUAUCGCUACCAAAUCGUAUGUCAGAUCAUCGAUUACAUGAUCUAUGAUCAUGCAAUUUUACAAUAAUUGGCGUUUGAGAAACCCAUCACAGGUUAACAGUUAAUCAAAUCUGACAGCCGAUUAGAUGAUCGGAGAUUUGAAUAACGUUUCGGAAACCGGCUGAUAAUAUUUCCAGACUGCUACUAAUGCCUGAAGUCGUAAGCAUGUCAUGCAUCUCGUGUGAGUCGGUGUGAGUAGUUUUGAGAAACAUUAGUUUCAUUUUUCUUAUGAUAUGUGUAUUUUGUCUUCUUUUUCGUAAAUAUUCAUCGUAUAUUAAUUUCUUGUGCCCCCUGUGAAUUCUGUUUAUUCGUGCUUUGCUGAUAUACUAUUUUAUUUGGGAAAUAAGCAACAAUUUAAGUUUGAAAUUAAAUUUAUUUGACGUUUUGACUUCAACUUAGGAAAUCGUUAUCAAAAUACAAAAUAUUAAUAAAUUAAACAAAUUUUGGUUUUGAUGCUUGGUAAAAAAAAUUAUUGUACUAAUUAAAUUUUAUCUGACUCGUUCAUAUUGACAAUUCAGAUAUUUAUUAUACAUUUUACACAAAAAAUUCACGAAGUAUAGAAUAGAAUAGUAUUCACGCGAAUAGAAGUAGCGAGACAAUCAUUUAUCAAAAUAAAAAAAGUUCCUAUGCGGCCGGGACAUAAUCUGAAAUUAAAAACGAGAAUGUUAAGGUGCUAUGUUUUCUGUGUUCUGUUGUACGGCAUGGAAGCUUCUUCUUCUACGGCACUACAGCCCGCCCAAAUUGAGCCUUGGUUUCCUUUAUUUUUUGCCUCCACCCUUGUUUGUCUGUGGCUGCUCUUCUCCAUACACGGACUCCUAAAAGGGCUUGUGCGUCGCUGUUUACUGUGUCGUCCCAGCGCUUUCUUGGCUUUCCAACCUGUCUCUUUCCCUGCAUUCUAGAAUUCAGUAUUCUGUUUGGUAGCCUAUCCUCUCCUAUUCUUAUCACAUGUCCGGCCCAUUGCAAUCGAUGUAUUCUAAUGAAGUCUGACAGGGGUGUUUCCUUAUAAAGUUGAUAAAGUUCGUUGUUGUAUCGACUUGUGAAGAUUCCGUUUUCCCUCACAGGUCCUAGUAUUCUCCUCAGUCCUUUCCUUUCGAAUGUGUCGAGUUUGUUUUUGGAUGUUUCUUUCAGGACCCAGGUUUCACUGCUAUAGCAUGUUACUGGUCGAAUUAAAGUUUUAUAGAUUCUCAUCUUUGUAUUUCGGUGGACACUUUUAGACCGAAAUAUAUGAGAGAGGGCAAAAUAAGCUCCGUUUGCCUGCGUUAUUCUCUUCCAUAUUUCUCCAUCUUCUGAUCCAUCGGCAUAUAUUUCUACUCCCAGGUAUGCAAACUUUCCAACCGUUUCAAUGUCAUCUUCAUUCAUAAUGUUUUGUGGGACUAUAUUUCUUCUCGUCUGAGUCAUUAUUUUUGUUUUUCUGUGUUAGUUAAUUUCCAGACCUAGCAUUUUUGUUUGUGUUUUUAACUCUGCGUAUGUUUCCUGAACUCUUGUUGAUGUUCUACCAUAAUGUUAAUAUCAUCUGCAUAAGUGUCCAGUUGAACCGUUCAGUUGGUCAGUAGGUUUCCUCGUCCAGUUUGCAUUUGCCUGACCGCAUACUCCAGUGCCAGGUUAAACAAUGUUGGGGCCAGCCCAUCUCUCUGCUUUAGUCCCUGAGAAAUUUUGAAAAAGUCUGGAAAAAGGCAUGGAAGCUUGGACAGUGAAAAAGUUAAUAUCAAAAACAUUGAGGCAUUCGAGAUGUGGUGCUACAGGAUAAUGUGGAAAAUACCAUGGACAGAGAGAGUAACAAAUCAAGAUGUUUUGCUGAAGAUGUCGAAGGAAUGCGAAAUCAUAAAAACCAUACAAACGAGAAAACUUUAACAUCUAGGCCACACGAGAGGGGAAAAGUAUUCCCUACCAAGGCUCAUAAUCCAAGGAAAAAUCUCGGGAAAGAGAAAUGUGGGACGUAGGAGGCUUCCCUGGUUGAGAAAUUUAAGGGAGUGGUACGGGUGCAGUUCAAUACAACAGUUGUUCAGAGCUGCAGCCAACAAAGUUAAGAUUGCUGUGAUGGUAGCCAACCUCCGAUAGGAGAAGGUGCUGUAAGAAGACGAAUAGUGGGUUGUAUGCCUGUUGUUUGUUUUGUUCUGUAUUGAAAAAAUGCUUUCUGCUUUUCUUCACAUUUUAUCUUCACUUCCUCUCGAAACCGUAGUGUUUUCUUUUUGAUAUUUUAGUAUUCGUUAUUCGAUUUUUUUUUUGUGUUGGUGCUGCUCUCUUGGGUGUGAAGUAUUUCAUGAUGAUUCUUAUUUUACAUAAUACUAGGCUAUGGUCGUUACCUACAUCUGCUAAGUUAAGACAUCUUACGUCGAUUAUUUUUACCUCCGAUAGGAGAAGGUACUGCAAGAAGAAGAAUAGUAGUUGUAUGCCUGUUGUGUUUAUUUUGUUCUGUAUAGACAAGGAAAGAGAGAGGACGGGUAACACUCAUUUAAUACACGUUCAAAUAGUGAAGCCAGUUUGGAGUUUGUUUGCCACCAAAAACAUGGCGGUCACAUCAAAUAUAACAAUGGGUUGCCAGUGGUGGGUGUUCGUUGAGGGUUAAAAUGCCAUAAAAAAUAAAGUAAAUCCUCAUUUAAAAUUCGUAAUAAAAACAUAUGUACGUAUUGAAACAUAUGUACGUAAUAUGAGCAACUUCAUAAAAUAUUUACCGUGCACAAAUUUUUCAUUUUAAAUACAUUUCAUUUUUUCAUUUUAAAUACUCAAUCCAUAACAAUACCCCAAAGAUACGUCGCUGAUCAAAAUCUGGUGGCGGUUUGGCUUCACUUUUGGUUAUAGGAUUACUCGUCCUCUCUCUUUCUUUGUCUAAGUUCUGUAUUGUAAAAAUCUUUCUUCUUUUCUUCACAUUUUAUCUUCACUUUCUCUCUAAACUGUGGAGUUUUCUUUUUUGAUAUGUUAGUAUUCGUUAUUCGAUUUUUGUUUGUGUUGGUGCUGCUCUCUUGGGUGUGAAGUAUUUCAUGAUGAUUCUUAUUUUACAUAAUACUAGGCUAUGGUCGUUACCUACAUCUGCUGAGUUGAUGCAUCUUACGUCGAUUAUUUUUAAUAAAUGUAAAUCUCUCUUGGUUACAACAUGAAUUUUAUCAUAGAUCGAAAACAAAAAAAUAAGAUUAUAAAAUAUAUAAAAUUAAAAACAAAAUUUUGAAUUACAAUUUAAUGAAAAGCGUAUGUGUUCUAUAGUGGAAUAUCGUCUCUCUGCUGACAGAUCUUCAAGUGCUAUCUCCGCGACAAUCAUUGGCGAGGUUGGCAAACAUCAUAGCUAUUCGGACUUUAGACACGGCUGCUCUGAAAGGCUCAUUUGAUACACACCCGUAUCAUUCUCUCAAGACUUUUAUUUCCAUAUUCAUCUUUCUCAGAACCUCUUUGUUUGUAACGUGUUGUGUGCAUGAUAUUUUCAAAAUUCUUCUGCUUAUUUUUUACGUCUUAUCUCCGAGACGAAGGUUGGAAAUCACCAUUGCUAUUCUAACUUUUGACACUACAGCCCGAAAGAGUUCAGUUGAGCUGCAUCCAAACCAUUCUCUGCGGUUUCCCAGCCAGGACAUUUUUCUUCUACCUAUGCUGCGCCUUCCUUGAAUCUUUCCCUGCAUUGUCAAUUUUAGUUCAUAUCUGUCACCACGUGUUACAUGACCCAAAUAUUGUAGUUUUCUUAGUUUUCUUAUUUUUAUGGAAUCCAGUAUCUCCCUGCUCUUCUCUAUUCUUCUUAGUACUUUUUUAUUGGUUAUUCUGUCUGACCAGGAGAUUCUCUGCAUUCUUCGAUAUUUCCACAUUUCAAAUUUACUCGUUUUGUAAGAUUUAUAGUAGAGGAUCCGAUAUAAGGUUGAUUACACCGAUCUUUUUAAUUGAUAAAAUUAUUGCAUGUUAACAAUUACGAAAUACAAGGGUUGCCCGAUCUAAUCUUGUUCUAAGUAUUAUCAAUUAAUAAUUAAAAAAUUACAUUUUUUUUAUGAAUCAAAAAAAUAUUCGACCCGGGCAGAUAUUGUUUCAGAUUUUUUAGAUCAUUCUAAACAAAAAAGGUCUCUUGUAAUUUUUCUCAUAAAUUCAAGAUCAAACCUUUUUGUAUCAGGUCUCGAUAAGAAUUUUAGGCAUGUUUUAUUCUAAAAUAUAUAUUUUUAAUUGUCAAUGAGAAAGGUUUCUUAUUGUGAGACUGGCAUUAACAACUAAAAAACAAUAUUUCAGAAUGAAAUAAGUCCAAAAGACUUAGCAAGAACUGAUAGAAUAAGGUUUAACUUGAAUUUAGGUACUUCGUAAUUUCAAAAAUGAUAUUUUAUACUUUGUUUUUGAGCCUUGAAAAUCGUCAUAUUUCGUUCUCUUUUCAGUUUUAAAUUGUUUAUAACUAGAAAACGAUCAACUUUAGAGAAAAAUUACAAAAGACCUUUUUUGUUUAGAAUGACCUAAAAAAUCUGAAAUAAUAUCUGCCCAGGUCGAAAUUUUUUUUUAUUUAUAAAAAAUGUCAUUUUUUAAUUAAUAAUUAAUUAUAGUUAGAACAAGAUUAGAUCGGGCAACCCUUGUUUUUUGUAUUGUUAACAUGCUAAAUUACAUAUCCAAUAAUUUUUAUCCAUUAAACAGAUCGGUGCAAAUCGACCUUAUAUCGUAUCUUGAGACUAUUAGGCUGAGGUAUCUACUACAUAAUAUUUUGUUUCAUAUUAUUGAAUGCACUUGUUUUACAGAAUUCUUCUAUACACCCACAACUCAAAUGAUUCUAGUUUGUUCAUUGAUGCCGCAUUCAAGGUCCAAGCGCUGAGAUUCUAUAAAACAAACUCGAAAAAACGUGACAUCUAGUCAACCUAACUGUUAGCUCCAACUUCAAAUCUCUGGCGCAGAACAUGCAGAUGCUGGUAGAUGCGCUGCGCCCAAUGCCAGUACCCAUUUGACGCACAUUGUUGUCACGUUGUUUCUUUAGUCCGUGGAUUCCAAACACCCUGUAAAACCACUUGAGUUUAGAUAGGGGAUAAGACAUUUAAUAACAUUUAUUUUUAAGAAAAAAAAAGAAAAAAACUGCAUUUAAACCAGUCCCUUAAAUUCUUCAACCUUGACACUCUCCUUCUUACUAUACUCCUUUUGCGUCUUAUCUUUCCCUGUAUUAUUCUUUGUAGCUUAUUUAUGUGUUCUUGCUUCAAUGUUCAGCUUUCAAGUCCUAAAAUAUUGUAGUAUCGAGAACACGUAACAUCUCUAGAGCUCUUACUUUCAGUUUUAAUCUUAGGUCUUUGUUGCAGAGAAUUGUUUUCAUUUUUACAAACGCAUUUCUUGCUAUUUCUAUCCUGACCCUUAUUUCUGUUGUUUGAUCAUUAUUGUCUGAAAUCCAGGUUCCUAGGUAUUUGUAUUUAUCGACUCUUUCUAUCGGUACAUUUCUCAAAUGUAUGCUUGUUUAUAUUUGUUUUCUUAGUUAUUAUCAUGUAUUUGGUCUUUUUUAUAUUCAUUUUUAGUCCAUAUCAUUCACAACUGUUUGUUUGGUUUAGUAGUAAUUGGAGUUGUCCAGCAAAGCUUGUCAUAAUCACGGUGUCAUCUGUAUCUUAUGUUGUUAAUAGAUCUUCCGAUAAUUAUUAUUCCUUCACUUUGAGGUAGUAAUGCUUCUUCAAAAAUGGCUUCACUACAUACAUUAAAUAGUAAUGGAGACAUAAUACGAUCCCUGCCUAACACCUCUCAUGAUUUCAGUUUCUGGACUGGGCUCGGUCCAUUAUAAUUUGUUCUGUUUGAUUCCAGGAAAGGUUUGUUAUUAUUUAAGUACAAAAAAUUACAAAUAUAUAUUAAAAUAAACCGUAAUAUAUCGUAAUUUUUAGUAUCAAUGCAUACUCCAACUAUUUCACUAAAGGUCUCUGCCCACUACACCGUUUCGUAUUAUGAUCGUACUAGGACUGUAUAAGACAAAAAUAUUCUUCGCACUGCCGUCGCAUGCCAUGCACGGAUCGUCAAGAAUUGUCGGCGAGAAUAUUUUGCUGGUGCCGAUACGCUACGAAGCUUUGUUUAACCGGUAUACGCAGGCAGCGAAACGGGGAGUAUACGGUUUACAACAGCGUGUUUUGAUCGUAAUAAACCCGUUAUAAACGUGCUGCGCUUGUCUUACUGCUUUGUUAGUCAGUUCAACAAGACAUGUGUACGCAUAUUUAACAUGAAACACGAAAAAUUAACUUAAAUUGUUCGGAAAUACAAAUCUAUGUGUAAUUUAAAGCUUCCGGAAUGUAUAAAUAUGUAGUAUCAAAAAAAAUUGCUUGCCAGGAAAUUGGAAAGUUGCAAAUUUAGCAUUAACAGAUUAUUUUUUAAGGGAAUGUAACACAUGACAUCUUAACCAUCGACUCAGGAAGAUUUUUAUCAUCGGUGAUAUUGAAUUUAUUUUUAAUACUGGUAUAACUGAGAGAACGGGAACUAUACGGAUAUGAUACGCGGAUGCUACGGUCACUAUUAUAUCUGUUAUAGAUGGGAACAUCAGCUGUCGAUAGGUUCUAGUGGACAUAGUAGACCGUGCCGUGUUUUUUUCCGUUCCUGUAACGCUUGUUUCACAUUAUAAGAAUUUUGACCGUGCGAUGGUUGAAAUGUACAUAGUGGCUCGAGCAAUCAUAUGGAAUCUUUCUCCCUUCACCGAACGUUUCAACCGGUGAAGGGAGAAAGAUUCCAUAUGAUUGCUAGAACCACUAUGUAGAUUUUAACCUUCGCACGGUCAAAAUUCUUAUAAUGUGAAACAAGCGUUACAUUCAUAGCAUGGUCAUGGUAUGAAACGAUGUAAUGGACAGAGAGCUUAAUGCAAAAACUAGUACUACUCUGUCCUGCUGUGAGAAUGCACUGCAGACUUAAAUAUUUUCAGUAAUAUCGGAUUUGAUCGUUUCGUUCGUAGAUAGACGUCGCCAAAUGAGUGAGUCCAGGUUCAUGAGAUUUUGUAAAUAGUGUAAAAAGGUUAGCAAACGACACCUCCAUCCAUAUUAAUCGAAAAAUAUUUUUAAGAAUCACAUCUCUUCUCGUAUUAAAAAUAUUUUAUCGACGUUCCUUUCUUUAGAGUUUAUUUUGUUUUAAAGAAACUGUUUUUGUUAUUUAUUUUUUAUGUAUUUGUAUUAGAGUAAAGAGUAUUACUUAAGUGGUA